CUGACGCAGGCGCGCCUUUGUCGGCCCCGUCUGCGGUGCCCAUUGGCUCGGCGGCAGCACGUCCCUCCCACCGGAAGUGCGGCCAUUUCCACUUGGGCUUGGUGGUCGCGGUUGAGGAGCUCAAGGCUGGGACAAUGGUGUGCAUUCCUUGUAUUGUCAUUCCAGUUCUGCUCUGGAUCUACAAAAAAUUCCUGGAGCCAUAUAUAUACCCCCUGAUUUCCCCCUUUGUUAGUCGUAUGUGGCCUGGAAAAGCUAUACGAGAAUCCAGUGAUAAAAACAAAGGCAAAGGAGACUAUAAGGGUGCAGACGUGAAUGGACUACCAACAAAAGGACCAACAGAAAUCUCUGAUAAAAAGAAGGACUGAUGGGAUUGUCCCAAAGGAUCUCAUUGUUUUAAAGAUGGACCUGAUAAUAUGAAGCACCUUCUUUAUAACUGUCUCUGACCUUUUUCUCUGAGACCAGAAUUCGGGAUAGAUAGUUUCAUUUUACCUGAUACUAAUGAGAAAACACGCAGUAGUAUUUAUAUUUUAAAUGUAUUUAGUUAUAUUUAAUUACCUCAUUCCUGAGUUCCUUUCUCAUUAAAGUAGCUUUCAUUUCUACUACUGCUAGAAGGUUUGUGCCACUAGACACUGUUCCUAAAUUACCUACGAAUCCUUGGGCCUCUAGCUUUUAUUCAGGCUCUUCCAAUUUGAGUAGAGUACAAUUGUACUGUGAAACAGUGUGGUGAGACUGUGCAGUGAAAUGAAAGGUCAUUUUGGAGAUGAUAAUGACUUGAAAUAUAAAGAGAGGAUUACUGUCUAACAAUGGAGCUGUUUAUCUAUGAAAAUAGUAGUUACUGUUUAUUGCUCUAGGGAAGACAGGAAAAUAGAAACUUUGAAAAAUGGAACACGUUGUGCUCAAUUGUCUAAUGUGUAUCUUAAAGUUCUAAUCCUUGUUGCAUUCCUUCUAAUCCUACAAAAUGUAUUAAAAUCAGUUUA